AAGGACUCGAACAGAAAAAGUGGUUAGUUCCCCCAUAUCUCGUGAAAGGGCGGUUUCACGAGUUAAAAGAAAUAAAAAAACUGCGCUCUUUUAAGAUUAUCCCUUAGCUAUAAUAAUAUAGUUUGAAUUGUUCCAAUAUAGUACAAUUUCAGUUGCAAUGUGCAAUAUUUUUUUUAACAUUAUCAUUGAUCACAUGCUCGUCGAUUUUGACGAUUUCCACUGGCGGCCAUGAUUUCGACCAAGUCGACCAUACAUAACUGUGGGUAGGGUUUGUGCUACGCGCUAUCGACUGACUGACGUGCAAAGAUGGUCAAGAUAAAGGUGAAGUGCGAUUUCGAUAUUCAAUUCCUAGUAGAAUCGCCGCUGACAACACAACUCGCCGACCUUUUGCCGGAGAUGGUGCGCAUCUACAAUGGAAUCCUGAGAAUACGUUCCGCGAUCGACAGUCUGGAAGAACUUACAAGACGCCUCGAAUCCGAUUCAGUUUCUUCACACGACGCUCCAACGGUCGAAGAACGUCCACCGCUGCAGAUGGAACUGAGCAACGCACACGUCCUAUCGAAGGUGGCGGCGGAAGCGAGAGCUCGUGUUUCGAGACAACAGCUGGAAUCUGGGAGAUGCAUCACUAGGGAUUUGAUCGCGAGCACGGACGAGAUGUUUCGAAGUACUUUCUCAGUGCUGAAGCUUCCAGAUAAGCUGUCACAGUUUAAACGGGCAGUUUUGGAGAGCCUAGACGGCGCGGAUGUUAAAGGAAGGCUCGCGGAAAACGAUGCCAAGCUCUGGUGGGCCGGCAAAGAGUUGACGAAGGACAAGGAACUUCGCGACUUCGUCGGCAGCAAUGAGAAGACUACGAUCAUAGCGACGCUCUCUUCAUCGUCAGUGAUGCACCAGACGAGAGCUACAGACGAGGCCUGCAAGGACUUCCUUCUCGCGCGGUUGAAGAGAGAAUAUGAAUCAGAUCCCCUGGAAACCGAAGCUAGCACCUUGCCGCGUGAUACGAGAACACUCCAGAGAUCCAUGUAUGGACUCUCAGAAGUGAGAUGGAAGCAUUGAGGGCUCUUUUCAAAUCAGUCGGGGAAAUAAACGAAUCAAUAUCCACUUUA